GUAGGUUAUAAAAAAUAACCAAACAGUUAUUUCCGUGAUUCGUUAUUGUUACAAAUAACUGUUACAUAAAGUGUUAAAAACUGUUUAUUGUGUUAAUCAUGGGUAAACCACCAGGUAGACCGACUUCUGUGUUGUGGAAUUAUUAUGACAAGGACCCGCAAUGUGCUACUAAGGCUAUUUGUCGAUUUUGUAACAAUUCUUACUCUUUUAGUACUACAACUGCAAAUUUGAGGAGCCAUUUGAAACGCGUGCAUACUGAAGAGUACGUUAAUAUAAAUUGGAAUGGGAAAUUUGAAAACGAAGAUGGGUGGAGUAAUUCAAACCGGACGGGGCCAAAGCCGCUGGGAGCUGAUCUUUACACUGCCGAUGAAACGGAUGAGCUGUUAAUGCUGACUGGGGUAUGGGGCUGCUUCGAGGCGGAAGGCAAGAAGGCGCGCUGCGAACUCUGUGGCACCUCGCUACCUGAUGACUACGAGGAGUUGAAGGCGCAUCUUAGUGAACAGCAUCCGGAGACACUGUUGGAUAUCAUGCAGAAAAAAGAAAAGCGGGAAAAGGCAGAUCGCAGUGAUAACGAUGACGGCCAAGACCAGGAUAACAUGACAUACACCGAAAUAGUUUACCUAGAACAAGACACAUCCGAUUCAACAGACAGUAUCCCAGAAAAACCGAAACCAAAACCGAAACCGAAACCAUCACCAAAAACCGUCAAAAUCAAAACCGUAAAAAGGCGCGAAUCCACACUUACCUCCGAUGACAUCCCUAUGAAACGUCAAAAGAACUGUCAAAGUGACGUUGACAAUAACGAAUUGGAUGCGUUCAUAAAAUACGUUACUUGUCUAUUAAAAAAGUUACCGGAAAACGUUUUUUCUGAAGUACAAGGGGAAAUUAUUAGCUGUAUUAUGAGAGCUAAUUCACGUAUAAAUCAACCUAGUGUUAGUUUAAGUAGUCCAUCUGUUAGUUUAAAUAAAGAUUCAGGGGUUAAAAAUGCUAAUAAUUUAGUAACUGUUAGUGAAAUAACGCCUGUUAAUAACGCUUUGGGACAUAACUUUAGUAUUGUAGUUGCUCCGAAAGAAACUAAUAGUGGUACAUAAUGUAACUGUCUAACUUUAUCGUUAUAAGAUUUUUUGAUUACUGAUAUCAUAAAUAAGUUUAUUUUUUAUUUUUGUUUGUUUGUAAAAGGUACUGAAAAACAAUUGCGCCGAUUUUUUAAAAAUCUUAUCAUGGGACGCGAGUGAAACCGCGGGAAAACGGCUAGUUUUAUAUAGUUAGGUACUUAUACUCUAAUUGAAAACUAACCAAUAUUUCUUAAAAAAAAAGUAAGUAUGUACCUAUCUUUUACACAGAAUUUAAUGAUUACCUAAGUCCCUUUCUUUAUUGAUUAAUUAUAGGUACUAAAAGAGUAAAGUUACGCUUAUAAUAAAGUAUAUUUUUGUAAAAGAAA